AUGGGCAUCCAGUUUGGCUCCUUCGACCAAAUCUGUGAGACCGCCGCCCUCGUCAUCUGCCCCCUCGUCGGCUCCAGCCAGGGCAUCGAGCCCUCAUGCUACAGCCGCAACGUUGAGAUCUCCGGCACUCUCAUCUUCCAGCCCUCAACAUGCUUUGUCCAUAUUGUCGCCAUCUUCAUGACCGGGAUUAUGAUCUUCCACAUUCGGAGUAAAUACACGGCAGUCGGUCGCAAGGAGAUUCUCAUGUUCUUCUACCUCUACGCUAUCAUCGAGCUUCUUGCCAUUUUCCUCGACUCCGGCAUUAUCCCCACCGCAAAUGUCAGCUAUCCAUGGUUUGCGGCCAUCUACACAGGUCUUGUUGCCGGCGCAUACACCUGUCUCCUCAUCAACGGCUUUGUGGGUUUCCAGUUUGCAGAAGAUGGAACGCCACUAUCUCUCUGGCUUCUUCGGAUAUCCACAUUCGUCGUGUUUGGCGUCUCGCUGUUCAUCGCCAUCGCCACCUUCAAGAAGCUUGCCGGAUUUGACUACGCGAAACCCAUCGCCCUCUGGAUCAUCUACAUCCUUUGGCCGCUCGUAUGCUCUGUUGUGUACAUCGUCUCGCAGCUCAUCCUCGUCUUCCGCACACUAGAGGACCGCUGGCCGAUUGGAGACAUCGUGUUCGGCACCGCCUUCUUCACCAUCGCACAAGUCAUCCUCUUUGCCUUCUCCGUCACCAUCUGUGACGCCAUCAAGCACUACAUCGACGGCCUGUUCUUCUUCACGCUCUGCAUGCUCCUGAGCGUCAUGAUGGUGUACAAGUACUGGGACAGUAUCACGCGCGAGGACCUCGAGUUCUCCGUCGGCUCCAAGGCAACCGUUUGGGAAGUCAAGGACCCCCUCCUCGCAAAUGACUUCGAGGAGGACACCUCGAGCAGCUACGCGCACGGCGGUCCGCCUGCGAGCCUCGUCGGUGGCGUGAGCGGCAAGCAGCUCUACAACGGUGGUGGUGGUGGUGGCGGCGGCGGCGGGCGAGGAUACCCUCCGGCAAUGGAGCGGUUCUGA